GGAAAAAAAUUAAUUUUGCAUGUUUUUACCUUGUUAAGGUUGAACCCAUGCCUAUGUUUUUACCUUGUUAAGGUGGAACCUAUGCCUAUGUUUUUACCUUGUUAAGGUGGAACCUAUGCCUAUGAUUUUACCUUGUUAAGGUGGAACCUAUGCCUAUGAUUUCCCAUCAAUGAUUGGAGUCUCCCUUCAUUCAGCAGAUGCCAUCAUUAUUGUCUUCUCUGUUGAUGAAAUAGAGUCAUUUGAAGAGGCAAGACGACUCAGGGAUCUGGUGAUGAGCACCAAAGGUCCUGAUUCUCCCAUUGUAAUUGUUGGAAACAAGACGGAUCUUGACAGAAAAAUAUCAAAGGAGGAAACCGAAGCUAUUGUACUGUUUGACUGGGAGAACGGCUACGUGGAAUGCAGUGCUAAACUAAACACAAACAUACAGGACAUCUUCAAGGAAGUGCUCAAUCAAUCAAAAACCAACAUUUCAAGCAUCAGUAAUGGUAACCAUUUGAGUAAUGGCAGCAGUGGUUCUGGGUCUCCUUUACACAUGCGAAGACGACAAUCCCUGCCUCAUGUUCCUGGCUACACAAGAGCUAAGUUACAAGCUGAAAAAUCUCUACCCAGACAAAUCCUCAAGAAAAACAAGGAAGCUAAGAGAAAAAACGCUUGUAAAGUAUCAUAAAGAUUAAUCAUUCUUUAAAAAUGUCUCCAGGUUGUAUAACAAAAAAAAUUGUGCUUAACAUAAGUACCAAGGGCGUAUACAGAAGGGGUGGCAAGGGGAAUUGCCCCGCCAGACCUGUGAUGGGGGGACGUAGCCACCCCUAGAACUAAGAGCUUUCACACUUUUCAAAUCUUACACUCAAGAGUGAAGAACAUAAAAAAAUAGUUUACUGUUCAUUCAAUGCACUAAGAUUGUAUACGUGGACUAAGGCCACUAUGACAGAAGUCCGAAUGAAAAAUCCAUUUAGAAUACACAUUCAUCCUAAUGGGCGCUAUCAGGGAUAGCGAUUAGCAAAGUAAAACAACUAUUUUUUAAUGCCAAGCCACGAAGGCUUGAGUUUAGAGGUAGUAAAAGACCAUUUUUUUAAUUUGGAUUUAUUUACUUUAUUCAUUGCACCGCCGUUUUUUAAUCUUUAUUUUUAUUAC